AUGGCCGGGGCUCGGCGCCUUCCGCCGGUAGCGCCGCCCAGGCCUAGUCGAAAAGAAAACAGGGUUAAUUUCGUGAAGCAGGUAGCGGCUAACCAAGCUCUAGGCGAUGUCCGUGCUGUCCGCAAAAACGGGAUUCGUUACCCGUGCAUCUGGCAGCUGUGUUCACAGGGGACUCGCUGCAGGAGGCAGCAGCAGCUCGACAGCUCCAUCUCGGUGAACUCCAUGGGAAGCCCACAAGGACACGGGGAGGGUGCUGCGGGCCAAGGCGUGAAAUGGCUUAUCCAGAUUUUAAGUGAUUUAAUAUUCAUGACUAUUUAGAGUAUGCCUGUAAGCACGGAACUACAGUUUAUCGAACGUGGAGAUCCAGGUAAAUAUCAGAGGAUGAAAUAGAUUCCAUCUCCAAGGAUUUUGGUAACACAUCUGAAUUAUUAUCACCUUCCCAAGUCUAUUUUCAAGAACAAAGCUAAGAUAGUAGUGUUGUUUUGAAACCCUAAAUAUACAGCUGUUUCUUUCAUUUUGCGUUUCCACAGCAAUGUGCCAAGCAUCCCCAGUUACAGCUCCUGGAAUGAGUCCUUCUCAGGAUUAGUGAAAGAGAAUGUUGGCUGGGGAUCCUGUUUUGAUCAUGCAGUUACCUGGAACAAACACACUGAGGAUAAGAAUACUAUGGCCAUAAUAUACGAAGACCUGAAAGAGAACCUGACUGCCAGUGUAAAGCAGAUAGCUGAAUUCUUUGGAUUCUCCCCAGCAGUUGAACAGGUCCAGGCCAUUGCAGAAAGGGACACUUUCCAGGCAGUGAGAGUUAAGGCUCAGGAGAUUUAUGGUACAGUUGGCUUGAUACUUUUCUGCCAAGGUGUUUUUGGAGACUGGAAGAAUCUGUUCACUGAAGCUCUUAACCAGGAUGACGAAUUUUAAAUGUGCUUAGAAGGAAUUAAGCUGAGAGUGAAGUUUAAAUCUGAUGUGUAUUACAAGGCCUGAGUCUCCUUUACAUAAAAAAAGCCACUAAUGUUCAGGCUGCUUUUCACUCACUUCUGUUUCUUUUCAUUCACUUCUGUUUCAAAACAGAAACCAGGACAUUAUCCUAUUUAAAAACUUUGAAUAUACACGCAAUAUGCAAACCUGUUUCUGCUGGCCCAACUCACACAAGCAGUCCUUGCUUGUGCAGUUAUUAUCACUGAGGCCACUGGAUUCUCUUAAAUGACCUGUAGCUCUUUGGCCUCUCUUGUUUUUAACACUGAUUUUUAGCUUUGACUUCUUGUUACCCAGUAGAAUGCUGUGUGAAAUAUAUAUUUUGUAAUUAAACAUGCUGAAAUGACUCGAGAUGUGUUCUGCGUGUUGGAAGUGAUUUUCCA